AUGUUCAAUGAAUUGCUGAUGGAAGACCAUCUUGUCAAUCACUCAAAUGCUUCAUUUUGGUCUCUCGAUUAUGGUGAAUACACAUGUACAAUUGACAUCGAUUAUUCAGAAGUAAUAAAUGAUAACAGAAUUGUUAUUGCUGGAACUGAAUGGAAGAAACUGUUAUCUGAUCAUGAAGAAAAUUUGAAGGACGCUACAUUUGCAAUUUUGAAAUACGAUGGAAAUAUGCGUUCACAAUUCAAUUUUCAAAGCAAAUGGAGCAGAAAUGGAGCAGAAAUUGAGGGUCCUAUAACUGUCAUUGAAGGAUACCGUUUCAAAAUCCAUAUUGCCGAUAACCAUUGCAAGAAUAAGGCUAUUGACCUUAUCAUAUGCAAUUUCACAAAGCUUAUGAUCAAAGGUGCACUGGGACAAAAGUUUGUCAAUUGCAAAUGGCAGGGGAGUGGUUGA